AUGGCCGGGUCUGAGAAUGGAUCGGUGAGCGGCAGAAUCUCACCAGAGCAGAAGAAGCGUUGGAUACCGGACUCAUUACGGCCUCCUUUUAUGUUCACUGUUGCUGCGUUCUUUCUAUUGAUGGCUGUGUCGAUCGAACUUCUCCGUCAGUACUCCAAUCGUCAUCACGGACUCAUCCAUCUCAAGUCAUACGAGCAACUGGGGAGCCACACUUCAGGGGUCUACACUUACAUACCUACUGCUUUUGCUGUUCUGGCUGUGGCAUUAUGGAACAUCUGCGCCCUUGAUGUCCUACGGCUCGAGUCGUGGUUCCAGCUAGCGCAGCCAGGAGGAGCUCCUGGGACCGUGCUGUUCACCAAUUACUGCUUCUACUAUGGCGCCCUGACUCCCAUAAUGGCGGUACGCAACCGCCAUUGGAUCGUUGUCUGUGUGUCAUCGAUUGGCCUUAUUCUGAGGGUCAUGUUGCCUUCCCUCAUGUCUGGACUGGUAUUUCUUGACGAGCCGUAUAUAGUCUCCACAAGACAUAUCAAUACCUGGCCCAGUUUGGUAAGCGUGGAAACACAGAGUGCCUGGUUAGAAAACGCGGCAUAUUAUUCUGGAAAUAAGACGGGUACCCCGUUGGACACAUUUUUCUUCUACCAAAGCCCCGAUUACUCAAUACCACCCAUCUCCAGGCCAGUGAGCGCCGGCUCUGAGGCCCCGACGUGGGCUCUUACGCAAAAUGUUUACUGGGCCGAAUUGAGCUGUAUGGAGGCCCAGUCAGUCGAUAUAAGUCCCAGCAUAUGGACUGACCCUAUAUCCACUGGCAAGGCUCUCACAUGGAAAUUUGGCAAAGUCAAAUUUCUAAAUGCUUCCGAUACAAACGCAGACUCUGAAUGUCGGGUCGAUAUUACUCUUAACAGUACUUAUCCAACUGAAAAUGGAAUGUCGCAAAUACGACACUGGGAGCCUUUGGAUCCGAAGGAAAGCACAUCUACCUUGAACAAUACUGGCUGCAAUUCAUUUUUGUUAGUUGGACUCAUCAUUGAUGUUGACACCACAUCAAAGGACUUGGCUUCCAACGCCACAGUCUUCGGAUGCACCCCCUCAUAUCUUCGUGCGAAAGCGGCCAUGACUCUACCUUCAAACUCUUCUCUUGUCGAUAUUACAAAUGUCUCGAGUACGACAGCAACUGUAACCUCCACGAACCUUAGUAUUUCGAACUUCCAGACCCUACUUUUCGCGAAAUACCUCCAGGAUGAUCUCACACUUUGGGAUAACGAUCGUCUAAUCAACCUAUCUGGGGCUACAGGUGUGAAUGGCACAUUGAUCUCUCCCGACACCCAUCGUAUAAACAGUGCUCAAUACGAGCGAGAUAUUAGCCGGCUUUGGAAUCAGCAUUUCGUCGCCUCUUUCAACAAAUUCUUUGAUACGACUGUUGGUCCCACCCGAGACAAUGUCACUCUCACUACCGCCACGGUAGUAUACAGCGUCACUGGUCAUUCUGCCCUUGUCGCAGAAGCUCUUCUCUUUUCGGCCUUUGCAUUGCUUAUAAUAUUGCCCUUUGUAUAUUCACGGCGACCAAAUUUCCUCCAGUCGGAUCCAGGAUCUAUUGCGGCGCAAUGUGCGCUAAUUACAGACACCCUUUAUUCUCUUGAUCGGUUGACCCCUUCCGAUUUGGAUUACACUCGAGCCACACCUCGGCAGCUUCGUCGAUUUGCUCGCACAUUGUGGUGUAAAUGGACCGAUGGGCCUAGUGGGAAACGUCUAGACAUAACUCCUUGCGAGGAAUUUAUCGCAACGCCGGCGUCUGAAACAUCUCGAGAACGGCGCAGGGCAAGGCGCAGGGAAAGGCGCAGGGCACGGCCCACUUCUCGUCCGCAUUUUCUAACGCCACCAUGGUUCGCGGUGGAAUUUCUGUUGAUGGCAGGUGUUUUGGGCGCAUUCGGAGUGUCGUUCCAGUAUAUUCGCGUGGACAAGUUCGAUACUUCUGACUCGGCCGGGACAAUGGCCGUCGCAUGCUUCUUAGUCUUUGGCCCUACAGUUAUCGCCUCCAUAAUCAGCUCCCUCUUCAUCUCUAUCCACAGACAUGUUGGUUAUAUGGAACCCUGGAUCCAAUUGAAGAAAGGGAUGGCCCUGGCCACAAAUUCCUUGACAGUGAAUUAUUGCUCCCACACCCCCUUGACGAUCUGGAAACUGUUCCGUGAGAACAGGCCUCCUCUAUUGGUUAUGCUAUCCGUUGUUUGUAUGCUUGAUUUUGUCUUGACUAUCGUGAGCAGUGGCAUGUUUGAGCCGUCGGUCGACUAUUGGACGGACCAUGUCAAUGCCUUCACCGUGCAAUAUAACGACUCUCGCUUCUUCAAUCCGGAAAUCCGGCCGGAAUUUACUGGCUUCAGUCUCAUCUCGGAUAGCUUGUCUACCGGCAAGUCUCUGGUCUCGUGGAAUACUCCCAGCCUGUUUUUUUAUCCACUUGGGAUCAAUGAUCCUGACGCUGAAUGGACUGACUGGACGAUGUACACAGCCCGCACACGAGGGAUUGGAACUGAGCUACAGUGCGAAGAGCUUUCUUCUAAUCAGUCACGGUAUGACAGUGUCUCGGGCUCAUCAUACUGGGAUUACACUGCUGCCUCGGACACCAAUUGUACCGCCGAGCUGGUGAACACCAUUGAAAAUGACCGGUCGCUCAAUGCUACGCUAUAUCUUAGUGCACCAUUGAACUCAAGCAUUGCUUGUCAGCGGUCAUUUCUCGUAAGGCUCUCCGGGAACCUGAAUGACACCAAUGUCACGACCAAUUUCUCCGCUACAACAAAUGCGACCGUCUUCCACUGUAGUCCGAAAGUCGUGAUUGAGGACUUCGAGGUUCGUUUUGAUCCUGACGGGAUGGUAUACGGCUCCACACCAGUAUCCAAGACCUCUGUUACAAGCGGACCAAUGUUUCAAAAUAUAUCAAAUAGCCUUGUGCCUUUCAGCCAAGCCUUCAUACGACAAACUCAAGCCAACAUCUCCUGGGCAGGGCUUUUAACAACUCAAAUUUACGAUACCCUCAUCUCCGAUCCUACGGCUCAUAAUCAUUCCUGGUCACAUCCUCACCCGGAAUUUCAUUCUAGAGGCCAUGACGCAUAUUCCUACAAGAACGAAACCCAAGAACAAGCUAUGAUCCACAUCCUACAAGAUGUCUACCAAGCAACCUUCAGCACAUACACAACACUCCAGCGCGAUCUCUAUCUCUCUCCCCUCACUCUCUCUAAAUACGCAAACACAACCAUUGUCGGCACCAUUACGUCUGCAUUCUGGGAUAUCACUCCUUCCAAUACCACAAUUGUCAUCAUAAUCAUCCUUCUCUCCUUCGAUAUUUGCGUGCUAGUGGCCGUCUUUUGGUUGCGCCACGAUCAGUAUGCAGGCCCACCAAUCCCUCGCUCAGCCGGCUCUCUAGUUCCCUGGAUAGCGAACAGCAACAUGCUAAAUGAUAUCCGGGAGACUGCCGAGUGGAGCCAAGAAGAGCGCAAAAAACACCUCCAGCUUUUGGGGUACCGGUACCGGUUUGGAGAGUGGGACGGAGCAAGUGGACGGAUCGCACUUGAUCAUGAUGAGAAGCCUCCGGCUGACGACGAGUAUGAGAUGAACGAAUGGCAGUUGCCAAGGUCUAAUCACAUAGAGAACACCCAAACCUCCGGCUAA